AUGUUUAUUCAGUUACUACCUGUGGAAGGUUUCGUAUCAGAAAUUGCUGUCAAUGAAAUGGGUAUAAGUAUGGUUAGAUUUACCAAAGAUUUGCUCUUUUCAAGUGUGCAGCAAACUGAUCAGGGAUUAUAUCAGUGCAUUGCAAGUAAUGCUAUUGGUGAACGAAGUACAUUCAUCGGUUUGAUAGUUGAAGCUGAAAUUGAUUCAGUGAUAACAAAUCUUGAAGUUACCGUUGAUCAUACGAAUGCACAAUUUAACUUAAAAUGGCAUUUGCCACAAACAAUGGAUUAUCUGGAAGCUGAUCAUACGAUAUUUCUAUUGAAUUAUUAUUUAUCAGAUGGUGGUAGUGCAAAUAAUGUACCAUUGCGUAAUGUCCAUUGUACACCUGAUAAUUGGUGUAUUGCUAAAUGUUGUUCAUCGAAUUACAUAUUUUUACCUCGACAGAAUUACACUUUUCAAAUGUCACUUUUUAAAACAAAUGCAGUUGGAAAAAUUACACCGCUUUCAGAACAUGUGACAGCUUUAUCAUGGGAUGGAGUAUCAAAGAAGGCUAUGGAGCUUACAUUUAGUAGAUUAAGUGAAGAGACAUUGGAAAUUUCAUGGCAGCAUCCAUCGAUUGAUAUAACAAAUGGCUUUAUACAAAAAUAUGUGGUCGAAUAUUACAAAGAUUCUGAAGCACUGCAUGAAGUAAAAAGGAAGAAUAUUUUGCCCAACUCAACAGUUUGCCUUUUAAAUGGUAUAAAAUCAGAAAUGGUAUAUCGUUUUCGAGUUAUUCCAGUAACGCGCCGUGGUCUACCAUCUGAUGUGUACUUAAAAUCAAAUUCAAAUUUCACUUUUAUUGGCCAUAUGGUGGAGCCUGUAAACAAAAAUUUUCAUUCCGAUAUUGAGUCUUUACCUAUUGAUAUCGAACAGGUUGACACAUCAAUCGUCAUUCACUGGGAUGUAGCACAUAAAAUUUCAAAUUUCACUUCACAAGAUACAAAAAAUCAAGCAGUUCUUAUCCGUUAUGCUCGUUCUGAUGUAAUACCGUUAAGAGAAAAAGCAGAAGAAGGAUUAUUCAUCAAUGGCGCUAUGAAUUUAACUGAAAAUUUUGAUACAUCACGAACAUAUCAAUUUUGUAGUCGUCUAUAUGAUGGUCUUUUUUAUGGUCCUGAUUUUUGUCGCAUAUAUCGUUUAUCAUCAACAGUGUUUGUUGAUAUAUUUAAUAGUCGUUCGGGUACUAGUGGUCUACCGAGAGCAGUAUUAUGCCAUCAUCGAAAAGAAAGAUGCCGUUGUGAGCCAUCAUACGAAUUCGGUGAUGCAAUGCGUGUAACAUGGGAUUGGCCAGUAGACGAUCAUAGUGCUGAUGAAUUCGUUGUGCAUUAUACGUUGAGUGAUAGUAUUUUAUCUGAAGAUGACAGAUUAGUUAUUACGGAUGAAGCGUUCGCAGAUUUACCAAGUCUUCGAUCGAAUACAACAUAUCGAAUAAUGAUAGAACCUAGGAAUAAAAUGGGUGGUGUUGAAGGUUCUUGGUUCAACUGUACUACUCCUAUUCUAGGACAAAUUCCUGCACCAUCAGGAUUAUUGUAUGAGGAAUUGAAUGCAACAGCUGUCCGAGUAUCUUGGAAUCCAAUUCAUCCAAAUCCACGUUGGAGUACACCUGUGGGUUACGUGAUACAGGUCCAGUCAUCAUCAACUUCUGUGGCAUCUGUAAAAGAUAUCAUUGUUGAUGGAAUCAGUACAACAAGCUGUAUUAUAACACUACAACCUAAUAUGUUGUACACAUUUCAAGUGGCAGCACGUUCAAGUACCGGUGAUUUGGGGCAACGUUCCUCUCCGUAUUUGUUUGCACCAUCGCAGAUCAGUAAACCUGGUAGAAUAGAUGUUAAAAGACCAAAGAUAUUGCCAAAAUCAAGUCGAGAAGGGAUUUUAAUUUUGAUUGUUUUAAUAGUGGGUUUGCUGACAUUGUGUUUCGGUGGUAUCUGCGCUCAUCUAAGAUUAAAACGGCGCAAACUUGAAAUGAAUAUCAGUACAAAUACAGCUAAUAGAGGAACAAAUACAUCACGCACUAAUAUUACAAAUUAUGAAAUGGAAUCAUUGAUUACACGACGACGAAGUGAUUUAGUUGGUAACUCAGCAAGGAGUACCCUGAAUGAUCCGUUGAUGCAUAAUCAGUUGAAUGCGCGAAAUAAUCUAUUAAAUGAAGCAGAAGCAGUUUAUUUGGAUACAAAAGGUGGUGAACAAGGUGCUUUGCCAAGUGGUCAAGAUAAAUAUCUGAAAUUGUUAAAUGAUAAGAAGCAGUUGCAUCGAUUCAAGGAGUGCUUCUUGUUUAAUGGUUUAUCAGAUGAAUCAACCGUUAAGAGCCAAAUAUCUUGCAGAAAAAAGGCGAGAAAUAUAAGCCAACGAAAUGAGCCACUUGCAACAAUAGUAAAAAGAUCAAAUUACAAAUUGUUAAAUUCGAAAUGGAUGCAAACAGCUUGUGAUACUGCUGAUCAAUGGACUGGAAGUUUACCAUCUAAAAAACGAAUAUUAGGACUAAAUUCUGCAUCAACAAAGACAUGCUACCUAAUGGCAGGUCGUAUGUCAGUGAGUAAUUUUGAGAUUGGCAUUAUGAUGCCACGUUUUUUGUCGAAAUUAGCUGUUUUAUCAGAUAUUACACGAAGAAGUACAACAAGUAAUAUGGAAUCAUUGAAUGAAGCAACUUCUUAUAGCAGUAUUAUUUGUCCACGGUCAACUUCGGUACAGUCACUUUAUCAGCAGAAUGGUUUUAUCAAACGAAAAAAUGAUAGUGUAAAGACAAGUGUUCCUGUCACAACUAAUAAUUGUAUGAAUUAUCCAUGCAAUACUCCUUCCAGUCAAUCAUUAACUUGGUACGAUGCUGGAUCAGUUGAAAAUGAUGGCAUUAUACGGCUACCUCCUCGUGAUGCACCUAAACUAUACGGUAAUAGCAACAAGGAAACAAUGAUGUUUUGUUGUUCGAUGCCGAAUCUAACCGAUUCCGGAAUUGUUUAUGAUGAAAUGCAUUUUCCUCGUCCACCUCCUCAUUCACCUCCACCGUUGGAUAAUAAGCAUUUGGAAAGAUAA